AACCAAAUUAAAAAUCGAAGGUAGCCGAAUAUCCUCUGAUGAAAAAAAGGUUUCCUUUUAACAAUAAAAGGUCGAUUUUCAUUAGUUGACUGGAGAAACCAAAUGUAUUUAAUUGUUGAAACACACAUAAGCUGCGAACACUUAUUAUACACAUACAUCACAUUUCAAAAGGAAUAAGAAAACCCAUUUGUUUUUUAAAGAUAUUCUGAUACGCAAAUUUCCCCCGGGUAAACAAAAAGUAAUUUCCAAAUGUGACACAUUGAGAUAUACAAUGUCUCAGAGCUGCACGAUUUAUGCUUGUGUGCACUCUCCACAGACAGGCCAGAAUUUACAGUGAGCUGCGCUUUAAACAGGCCCAAAUUAUUACUCCAUGUUAAUGGACAUGCUCAUGCAAGUCAGGACUUGUUUAGGAAAUUGACAAUGUGUGUCUUUUCCUCACUUACGAAGUGCAGUCUGCAAACUCUAGUCCUUUCAUUUCACUCUGCAUUGUUUACAGCAACAUAGGGCAUCGGGCCCAUAAAUCUUCUCCUUGCUCUGCCAAGACAGCGCCAUUUGUAUGCACCGUUUUAACCGACAGCAUCCUCUGCCCAUUAACGUCUUCUCCCCGGCUCUCUCCCAGUCUCCUCUUAUCUGCCCGGCUCUGUCCCUUAAGAAAUACAUCAACUGAUCAGUGCAUUUGUUGACCCCUGGAAAAAAGAAAUUGUGUUUUUUUUGCCUUUUAAAUGUAAGGACUAUAUCAUUUAGGUAAAAAAAAAAAAGAAAACAAGAGAAAACAAUAAUGCUAUUAUUCUAUUUUUCCGAUUCCACCGUGUGUGUGUGUGUGUGUGCGCGCGCGCGGUUUCAGAUAGUCCCCAUUCCCCAAUGGCGUUGUAAGUCAUUGGAAAUAAAAGUGUAUCGACGAUUUGCUCUGUUGUUUGUGUUAGCAGGCGAGAGAGCGCAUACGGUAAGGAGGAAUUGGAACAGGGUUGACACCCAGAGCGACCGGCGCGCCUUUGUGUGUGUGAGAGAGAGAGAGAGAGAAAUGAUUUAUUGCCACCGAGGCGGUUCAAACAGAGUUCACGGAGAAUUGUGGUGGAGCCACGGAGGAGCUAAAUUAUGGUCUCGCUGAGCUAGUAUAUCACGGCUCCUAUCUCCAAUAGAGAGUGUGUUCAAGGGUGUGAGGUAAGGGAAACAAAAAACCGAUUUAAUUACUUUCCCGCGUUUCUGUCAGUGCUCAAUUUGCCUGAUAAUAUAAAAUAUUACAGCUAAAUUCAAUGGUUACAAACCAUGCUAAUAAUAACAACUAUUGGCACUGUUACGAGAUGCAAGCAGGUGCCAUGCUUAGCUACAUUCAGCCAGUAUUGAGGGUGACAGAAGAGACGUUUAGCAUUUAACUGCCCUUUUAAUGGACACCACGAGGUGAUUAGAGCUGUUUUUAGUUCAGAAUUACAGUCGUGCAUCCAAGCUAAAUGUUUUCAUUUUCCGGUUAAAUUAUGACUCUGUAAAAUUCGUUUUGAUGUUGAAAUUCAACACAAAAAGAAACUAGCAGGUAGAGCCUCAGUGUUGUUGGCAGCCGGUAGUUGUAGCUGAGGGUGAACGGAGAAGGGGGAAGGCUCCUCUCCUUCCAAGCUAUGCAACCCUGAGUCCACAAUCAAUCACCGCUGAGAGGCACCUAAAGAGGGAUUUCUCCACAGCUUUGUUGUGGUCAAACACCAGGAGGAACUUAUAUCGAUAGCCUGCUGCAACUGAGAUUUGCAUAUACAGAAUAUGCCGUAAACCCUCGCUUUGGAAGACGCUUUUUUGCUGCACUUGAUUUAAUCAUUUUAAUGGCUUCAUUAUUCUAUGGUUAUUUAUCCACUUUGCACCACAUUUAGUCGUGUUGAAACUACACAAUCGUGUUUUAUGAGUUUUCGUUUCUUCCAAAACGUAACUCAGUUUGCCCACAUUUGAUGUAGCAUUUAGCUCAAAUAAUUUCCCCCAAAAAAUUAAUUAUGGGAGUUUUAAAUGAAGUUCCAAAUUUCAUAUUUCGUUUAAGUGCUUUACACCUUUCUAACUGCAUUUCCAAGAUCCUUGUACCUUGUGUGGACUCUAUUGUAACUCCAAAAAGGCGUCCAUAAGGGCUCUGCAGAACAUCUCCCCCACUCUUUUGUCCAUCCGGCCGUGGAGCAAGCGGGGUGUCCUCCACUCAAACGUCCACUUUGUCUCUGCCCGCUGCCUCACGGACCCACGGACCUGGGACACUCGAUACUGUACAGUGAUGCCUGUUAAAUGCAAAUGGGCCGGGGGGAAAAAAGUCUCUAAAGAUUGCCUCCUUUGUCUUUGUGUGGCAAUGACUGUCAAGCCUUUGUUUGACCACUCCCCCGUGAAUCCGAUUAAGCCAAAGCUAUACUUUCGCCCCAACAGUUAUACGCAUAUGUUGUUAUUUAAAGGAAAAGCCCGCCGAUUUGCAGUCAAAUAAGUUGCAAACCAAAUUACCCCAAAAUACUCGGAAUUAUUUAUUUUACAGGGAAAAAAGCCAGGCGUAUUGCAGUGCCCAUAUAGAGCAGCUAAUAACAUUGAAAUACAAGAAAAUUACUAUUAUUAUUUUGUAUUAUAUUUAAUUGCAGAACAAAAACCCAAUUGGCAAAUUAUUUUUUAGGUCUUUUACAUCUGAAAAAGCUGACGUGAAAUAAUAAGUUGUGGUCGAUGAUGCAUUACCAUCAAGUAUAUUUUCCUAGCUCAUCGACAUGGUUUAACAGGAAGUCCUCCGGUUGUGGUCAAACCUUCCACGGGAUCGGGAUGGUGCAGCAGCAGAUACCGGGUCCUUCUAACAAUCGCGUCCUGUCGAAAUAUUGACAAUAUUACAAGAAAUCAACGCUUAGUUUGAAAUGAGACGUUCCUGAGAUCGUGCAGUCUCCCCCUCUCUGCUAUUGUUUCUCUCUCACGCAUAAACACACCCAUCUUUUUUUUUUUUUACCCCCGACAGUUUUGACACAGUUAUUGGCGUCAGCUCAUAUUCCGUUUUGUGUUUUAUAGAUAAAAGGAACGCAGGCGGCUCAUAGAAAAUGUUAUCAAAAGAAAUAUCGCAGAAGCUUCUCCGGCCGCCCCAAGUUGCCUGCGGAUCACUUUGCAACCCCGAAGCUCUGCUAUUGGACGAUGGGCUCACGUGACUACGGCACCCUUCUGUUCCAGGUUGAACCCAGGUGAACAGCUUCAGUGCCCACUGGAGCCUCCGGGUCACUGCAAUGCCAAGGCCAAGAUGGACUUUGAGAGCAGGAGAUGCAGUCUACUCACCAUCUGCCACUCGGGAGUAAUUUAUCCCUGGAUGAAUCCACGGCCAGCUGAUUCAGAACUAUCUGUCAGUGGGGGUUUGGCGGUGGAUCUGUCUGGCCGAGGAAGGCUCUGCGUCAGAAGGGAGAGAACGGCCUUCACCAAAAGCCAGCUGCUGGAACUGGAGAAGGAGUUUCACUUCAGCCCUUACCCGUGUCGUCCUCGGCGGCUGGAGAUGGCCGCCGCGCUGCGCCUCACCGACCGCCAGGUGAAGAUUUGGUUUCAGAACCGCAGGAUGAGGUACAAAAAGGAGCAGAGGCACGGAACGGGCGCCAGGUUUUCCCAGUGGCCUCCCUAUGACCCUCCCCUCAGCUUGAGCUCAUGUGCGGACCAGUUGAGGUUUCGGGGUGAAUGCGUUGUAAGAACCUCCUCAUCAGAUCUGCAGUUCGUGGAUUACGCUCCGAUGUCCUCCUUUCACUCGGGCUAUCACAGCGAUGGCGGCAGCGGUCAGUGUAAUGACCUGCCCCAUCCGAGCUGCAUGCAUCCACCUGUUGCAAAGGGCCCUCCGCCCUCCUGUACAAGCGCAGACAGCCAUCGCCAUGCCGGCAUUUCAAACUGGCCCUAGGGGCCCAUAACGGCCAUUCCUCCCGUGCUCAUCAAAAUCUCAAUGAUACGUCCACUUUCACUUAUGAAAGACUGGUGGAUGUCUUAUUAGCAUCCCAUGGUUGAAAUCCCCUUAACACACCAUUCAAGAAACAUUUUAAUUAAACUAUAUGAACAUUUUUUAAUUGAAGGAGAGCUACGGCGAUAUCAUUUGUGUUUCUCCUCCACAGUGACUAAAGACUGCAGGUCAAACUUGCUGCUCAUAUUACUCACACAGCAUGAAAACCCAUUUGAUCUAAAUUACUACAUGUUUUCCUUUUAUUUUGUGGCUGUUACCUUCAUAUUGUUGUUGCACGUUCAAUGCAUGUGGGGAUCAAAUGUUACGUUUGGUUUUUUAUCUACUGUAAAUAACGGGUCAAUUGCAUAAAAUGUUCAACUGUGAAAUGGGAAGAAUAAAGUUAAUAACCGAUGCUGUUAUAUUUUUAUUAAUCCCAUUAAAGUACACAGCAAGUCUUUUAUACGUUUCUUGAUAAAUUGAUGUCAUAUGCUGUACACGCUUAUUAAUAAAUGCAUUUGGGAAA